UCGACUGUUCCCAAUACCUCCGGGACUUACAGCUUCAUUUUCCUGUCCCCUCCAGACUGAAACCAGCCCCUUAAGCUCCUACUCAGCACUCGUGUUUGGCCCCUGUUUCCCUUUCAUUUCUCUGGUAUCACCGUCUUCCCAGCACUGGCCUGCCCACCCUCUCAGGGAGGUGCCUCAUGGCAGCCCGCCCCUCCGGCCUGGUUUCCUCAGGAAAAGCCUUGGGAGGAAAUGGAGGGGGUUGGGAGCUGUGAGGGCCAGGCUAACUCAAACCCUCUCACUGCACUGGCCGCCAUGGUGCUGAGGCUGCUGCUCCCACUGCUACUGCUCUGGACUCAGAGGACCCAGGGAUCUGAGCUGGACCCUAAUGGGCAGCAUGUCUGCAUGGCCAACAGCCCCUCUACUGAGCUCCAGUGCUGCCCAGGCUGGAGGCAGAAAGAUCAAGAAUGCACCAUUCCCAUUUGUGAGGGGCCCGAUGCCUGCCGGGAAGAUGAAGUAUGCGUGAAACCAGGCUUCUGUCGAUGCAAACCUGGAUUCUUCGGGGCCCAAUGCAACUCCCGCUGCCCAGACCAGUACUGGGGCCCCGACUGCCGUGAGAGCUGCGCCUGCCACCCCCAUGGCCAGUGCGAGCCAGACACUGGCCUGUGCCACUGCCAAGCCGACCGCUGGGGCCGCCGCUGUGAGUUCGAGUGCGCUUGCAGCCCUCACGGGCGCUGCGACCCGAAGACCGGCGCGUGCCACUGCAAGCCGGGGUGGUGGUCGGCCAAGUGCGACCACCGAUGCCAGUGCAACUCGGUGGCGAAGCGCUGUGAGCAAGCCACGGGCAAAUGCCUGUGCGAAGAGGGCUGGUGGGGCCAUCGCUGCAGCUUCCACUGCAACUGCCACGGCUCGCCAACUUCUCUUCCCAGGUGUGGCCACUGCAAGAACAAGCCGUGUUCUGCGGACACAGGCAGCUGUGAGUCCUGUGAGCCAGGCUGGAAUGGGACUCAGUGCGACCAGCCCUGCCCACCUGGCACUUUUGGCGAGAGCUGUGGGCAGCAGUGUCCCCACUGCAGGUUUGGGGAGGCCUGUCAGCCAGACACUGGGCACUGUCAGAGCUGUGAACCUGGCUGGCUGGGGCCCAGGUGUGAAGACCCCUGCCCAAGUGGCACCUUUGGGGAGGGCUGUGGCUCAACCUGCCCCACCUGUGUUCAGGGGGCUUGUGAUGCUGUGACUGGGGAAUGUAUCUGCAACGCUGGCUACUGGGGACCCAGCUGCAACACUUCAUGCCCAUCUGGCUUCCAUGGAAGCAACUGCUCUGUUCCCUGUGAAUGCCCAGAAGGACCCUGUCACCCUGUCUCUGGAGCCUGCCAGCUGGGGUCUCACAGCCAGGAGGCCGCCCUCAUUGCCGGCAUCCUUGUGCCUCUGCUGCUGCUCCUCCUGGGCAUUGCCUGCUGUGCCUGCUACUGUUGGGCCGCCCGGUUGGAUCCCAAGGACAGGCCAGCGAGAGAUGGAUCUGCUGUGUCCAGGGUGAAGUUCCGGGUCUGGGAGGCACUGAGCAGCCCGAGCUCUGUGCUCCUCUGCAGUUCCCUCAGCAGCCACAAGCUUCCCUGGGUGACAGUCUCCCACCACGACCCGGAGAUCCCCUUCAACCACAGCUUCAUUGAGCCAUCCUCUGCCGGCUGGGCCUCGGACGACUCCUUCUCUUCUGAUUCCGCGUCUGGAGAAGAAGAUGAGGGUCCUGCCUACUGUGUGCCACCCAAAGAAGGCAUGGUCCCUGUGACCCAGGUGGAGUCGCCAGAGGCCAGCCUGGUUGGAGGUCCCUUCGCUCCCCCUGAGGAUGCCUCCACACCAUUCGCCAUCCCACGCACUUCCAGCCUAGCACGGGCCAAGAGACCAUCAGUCUCCUUUGCCGAAGGUACCAAGUUUGCACCGCAGAGUCUCCGGAGCUCAGGGGAGCUGUCCAGCCCGCUCCGAAAGCCCAAGCGGCUCUCCCGAGGGGCCCAGCCAGGUCCUGAAAACCAGGAGGCUGAGGAGUCCACAGGCUCUGAGCAAUCAGAAAAGGACAAGGCCCCUCCUGGGGCACCCAGCCCCAGGGAUUCAGCCGUUGGCCACCGCCGGCUCCCAGUUGGUGGCCGGACAGUGGCUGAGCGUGUGGAAGCCAUUGAAGGCAGUGUCCAGAAGAGCUCAGUCUCCGUAACCACAAUCUACAUGCUGGCAGGGACACCCCGGGAAUCCGAGGGCCCAGUCCGGUCUGUCCUCCGCCGUUUUGGUAGCUUCCAGAAGGGCCAGACAGAGCCCAAGGUCAAGAGUGCCAUCGUCAAGACUCCACAUCGGGCACUGAGUCGGAAAAAGGGCAGCUCUGGGCUGGCGUCUGGCUCUGCCAGUCAGAGCCCUGGCUCAGCCCCGAAUGAGGAGCUCACUGGGGCCUUGCAGCCUGCAGGAACUGGGCCAGAGGAAGUGGCCAGUGGGAUGAGGGGUGGCAUCAAGAGCUCAGGGAGGGUCCAGAAGCUGGCCCCCAGUGACCCCCCAGAACAGGAACCCCAGAAGCUGGCUGAUGACGAAGGGCAGGAGGAGCCCCAGUAUGAGAAUGUUGCACCCAUCUCUGGGCCACCAGAGCCUUGAGGACCAUAAAUUUGGGGAGUGGGAAGACUAUAGAUGGGGGGUAGGCAUCUGAACUGCCCCUGCAUCAGAUUGUAUUUUGUGCUGGGAAAAGGUCCCAGGGCCAGGAAAGACCGACCAGUACCUCUGCCUUUCCAUGGGGAAACAUCCGAGGUAGAAGCCAGUUGGCUCUGGGCCCUGGCAGUGUGCCAGGGAUGGUCUGGAAAACCUGGGCAGAGACGCCAUGGGAUGGGGUCAGGAAGGGAACGAGAUGGCUGCAGGGACUUUUUUCUGUUGUCCUGGACUUUAUUUGCCGCACAAGCCUAUUCUUUCCUUCAUUUGCAAAAUAUUUGUCUGAAAUGGGAAACAACCUAAAUGUUUGAUGAGAAAAAAAUUGGUUAAAGAAAAAAAUUUUUUAAUAAUAGGUUCCUAAACAACCACAAAAAUUAUGUUGUGUAAGAAUAUUCAAUAUGAGAGAUAUGAGAGAAUGUUCAUGCUAUACUGUUAAGUAUAAAACUAAGUUUUCUUUUUAUAAAUUUCAUUUCUUUUUGCCUCAGGAUACAUGUUUAGAAUUCUUCCAUUUACGUAUAUUUUGUGAUUAUUUUACAAACAUUCUCUUAAAGGAUGUAUGUGCAUAAAGAUUCGAGGGAAAGACAUCAAAUGGCAUUUUUCUCUGGGAGAUGAGAUGAUCUUUAUCUUCUUUUUCAUUUAUUUUUUAACACUUAAAAAAAUUGAUUUUAGAGAGAUGGAGGGGGAGAGAGAGAA